ACGGAGACAAUCAAUGAAAAUAAUGACGUCAACGGAAGUCACCGGAUCGCCGACGAGUCGCGGCGGUAACGUGUCCGUCACGGCGAUCAACUGCAGCGACGAUGGCGGAGGAGGACCGGGUGGAACCGGGGGCGGUGGAGGCGGAACACCGGCGUCUCUAGACGCCAAGCUGGCCGCUGUUUCCUCUGCAUCGGGCACCGCGACGCUCCUCAGCCACAACAACAACAACCACAUCGCAAGCAACAACAACAGUGUGGUUGCGUGUAGCAACAACAACAACAACAGCGUAGUCGGUGGCCAGGGAACAGGGAUUUUUGGGUCCGUGGGGAGCGCCAGCAUCCGGAUCACUGUGCCGAAGAUGGAGGAAUCGGAUGAGUCCGAUACGGAGCUGUCGAACAUUGAGAAGUCGGUGACCGCGAACGGGGCGACCACCGGAGGAGGGGUGGUGGUCAGCAUGCGGGAGCACGAGCGUAGCGCCAGCAAGAGCCUUCCGCGCCCAAUGUCCUGGGAGGGGGAGCUCUCCGAACCGGAAGCGAUGAUGGUGGACAACGAGAGUAGCAGUAGUAGCAGUAGUGGCGGCAGUAGCACCAGCAGUAGCCACAGUACCGACAAGAUUGCCGUAGUGCAAACUCCUGGACCGGGCAUUACGGAACCCCUGGCACUGACGGCCAGCGCUACACAUGUGGCCAGUAACUCACCGCUUCCCAGUCGACUGUUGAUCAAACCCGAAGCCGGACUCCCCUUGAUCACGCCCGGUUUGGCGUACAACGCGUCCAACAUUCCACCCACUAGUGGCGGCGGUGGCCUACCGUCCGCCAAGAAGCUCCCGGAUGUGAUCAACCUCAAGUACGAACUGCCAUCGACGACACCGGGCGGUUCGGAGCAAACCGGGAGUGCAGCGACAACGAUCCACUCGCCGCUGCUCGUUCGCUCCAAAACCACGCUCCUUCCGGCCAACCCGAGUCCCGAUUCGGCCAUCCACUCGGUGUACACGCAUAGCUCACCGAGCCAGUCUCCGCUCACGUCCCGCCACGCACCCUACACGCCGUCGCUCAGCCGAAACAACAGUGACGCAUCGCACAGCAGCUGCUACUCGUACUCGUCCGAGUUCAGUCCGACCCAUUCGCCGAUCCAGGGACGUCACAGCAUAUUCGGCGGCGGCGCUGGUGCCGGUGCUGGGAGCGGUGUUAAUGGGACCGCGAGCGCAUCCUUCAACGGGUCGCCCCUGCACCACUCAGUAUUAUUCAAACCGAUGCUGGACGCGGGCGAUCAGCAGCAGCACCAUCAGCAGGCUGCCCUCAAGCAGCUGGCUGCGGCGGCGGCGGCCGCUGCCGCCCAGCAGGACGAUGCGCUCUACGAUGGAGAGCAUCUGCCAUCGCCCGGUAUCUCCCGGCAGCAGCUAAUCAACAGUCCCUGCCCGAUUUGUGGCGAUAAAAUUUCCGGCUUCCACUACGGCAUCUUCUCGUGCGAGUCGUGCAAGGGGUUCUUCAAGCGGACGGUGCAGAACCGCAAGAACUACGUGUGCCUUAGGGGGGCGGCCUGUCCUGUGACGAUAGCGACGCGGAAAAAGUGUCCCGCCUGCCGGUUCGAGAAGUGCCUUCAAAAGGGAAUGAAGCUGGAAGCCAUUCGAGAAGAUCGAACACGUGGUGGCCGAUCAACGUACCAGUGUUCUUACACCCUGCCGGGCCCGCUGGUGAGCGCCGUUGGAGGGAUGCAGCCAGGCAGUGACUCUCCGGUGGCCGGUCCGUUUCAGUACGGUGGAAGCGCGGUACGAUCACCGUACGUUGGUGGCCCAGGCUCCGGUGGUCAGCAGAUGAAAAUGGAACCGGGUGACGGUGGUGGACCGAUGAUGGGUGGCGGUGGGCUGAAUGGGACGAUGAUCGGUGGAUCGAACGGUGACGGUGGUGGUUCCGGUGUCGGUAACCACCUACAACCAGGCAUUCCAGUGCUGCUGCAGGAAAUCAUGGACGUUGAGCCACUGUGGCAGUACAACGCGGCCGAGCUGGCCCGGCUCAAUCAGCCACCGCCGGCGGUAAGCAGUGCGGCCAUCGCCAGCAACCCUCUACUCUCCAGUGCCGGCAUCUCGUCCGAAAGCAGCCCGGAUCUGAUCGCCAACCUGUGCAACAUCGCCGACCACCGGCUGUACAAGAUCGUCAAGUGGUGCAAGAGUUUGCCACUGUUCAAGAACAUUUCGAUCGAUGACCAGAUCUGCCUGCUGAUCAACUCGUGGUGCGAGUUGUUACUAUUUUCCUGCUGCUACCGUUCGAUCGCGACUCCGGGCGAGAUCAAGAUCUCGCUCGGGAAGUCGAUCACGCUCGAACAGGUGAAGAACAGUGGAUUGCAGACCUGCAUCGAACGGAUGCUUCACCUGACGGAUCAUCUGCGGCGGCUGCGAGUCGAUCGGUACGAGUACGUCGCCAUGAAGGUGAUCGUUCUGCUGUCGUCCGACACCUCCGAGCUGAAGGAAUCGGAAAAGGUACGCGCAAGCCAGGAGAAGGCCCUGCAAGCACUACAGGCCUACACGCUCGCCUACUACCCGAAAAGUCCGGCCAAGUUUGGCGAGUUGCUGCUCCGGAUUCCAGAACUUCAGCGCACCUGUCAGGUUGGCAAGGAGAUGCUGACGAUCAAAUCGAAGGACGGCGAGGAACCAUCAUUUAACCUUCUCAUGGAGCUGCUCCGCGGCGAACAUUGA